CAGUCGCGCCUCCCACUGCCAGCCCAGCACCGGGAUCUUAAUCAGUCACUAUGCAAACUCAUUAGCUCCACAGCAAUGAGUCCUCCACUGCUGAAGCUUGGCGCUGUGCUUAGUACCAUGGCAAUGAUCUCAAACUGGAUGUCCCAAACUCUCCCAUCCUUGGUAGGACUGAACACCACGAGGCUGUCGACGCCAGAUACCUUAACUCAGAUUAGUCCCAAAGAAGGGUGGCAAGUGUACAGUUCAGCACAAGAUCCUGAUGGACGAUGCAUUUGCACAGUGGUCGCUCCAGAACAAAACCUGUGUUCCAGGGAUGCCAAAAGCAGGCAGCUUCGCCAACUUCUGGAAAAGGUUCAGAACAUGUCCCAGUCUAUUGAAGUCUUAAACUUGAGAACUCAGAGAGAUUUCCAAUAUGUUCUAAAAAUGGAAACCCAAAUGAAAGGGCUGAAGGCCAAGUUUCGGCAGAUUGAGGAUGACCGGAAGACACUAAUGACCAAGCAUUUUCAAGAGUUGAAAGAGAAGAUGGAUGAACUCCUGCCCUUGAUUCCAGUGCUGGAACAGUACAAAACAGAUGCCAAGCUAAUCACCCAGUUUAAAGAGGAAAUCCGGAAUCUGUCUGCCGUCCUCACUGGGAUUCAAGAGGAAAUUGGCGCCUAUGACUAUGAGGAACUGCACCAAAGGGUGCUUAGCCUAGAAACCAGGCUUCGUGACUGCAUGAAAAAGCUGACAUGUGGCAAAUUGAUGAAAAUCACAGGCCCAAUUACAGUCAAGACAUCUGGAACCCGAUUUGGUGCUUGGAUGACAGAUCCUUUAGCAUCUGAGAAGAAUAACAGAGUCUGGUACAUGGACAGUUAUACUAACAAUAAAAUUGUUCGUGAGUACAAGUCAAUUGCAGACUUUGUCAGUGGGGCUGAAUCAAGGACAUACAACCUCCCUUUCAAAUGGGCAGGAACUAACCAUGUUGUCUACAAUGGCUCACUCUAUUUUAACAAGUAUCAGAGUAACAUCAUCAUCAAAUACAGCUUUGAUAUGGGGCGAGUGCUUGCCCAACGAAGCCUGGAGUACGCUGGUUUUCACAACGUUUACCCCUACACAUGGGGUGGAUUCUCUGAUAUCGACCUAAUGGCUGAUGAAAUUGGGUUGUGGGCUGUGUACGCAACUAACCAGAAUGCAGGCAAUAUUGUCAUCAGCCAACUUAACCAAGACACCCUGGAGGUGAUGAAGAGCUGGAGCACUGGCUAUCCUAAGAGAAGUGCAGGAGAAUCUUUCAUGAUCUGUGGGACACUCUAUGUCACCAACUCCCACUUAACUGGAGCCAAGGUGUAUUAUUCAUAUUCCACCAAAACCUCUACAUAUGAGUACACGGACAUUCCUUUUCAUAACCAAUACUUUCACAUAUCCAUGCUUGACUACAAUGCAAGAGAUAGAGCUCUUUAUGCCUGGAACAAUGGUCACCAGGUCCUGUUCAAUGUCACACUUUUCCACAUCAUUAAGACUGAGGAUGACACAUAAGCAAAUGUAAUUUGUUUUCAUUGAUCUAAGCAGUGUCAUUUGUGAUAAACUCUAUAGAAUCCAUUCUGUUGUUCCUUUAUUAUAACUUUUCAUCAUUUCUCCAAAGCAUUUUUUUUAUUAUAAAGUGGUUUUUCAAACAACAGCUGAGCCUGUCUAAAUCCACCUGUUGAAAACACAUCAUAACACCUAAAUUUACAGGGCCUAUCAUGUCCUUAUCAUGAAAAGCACUAAAAAGAGUUUAAAUGGCUCAAGUUAUAGUUUUGCAAAAGAUUAAUGACCUGCCUUAUAUUAGAGUCAAAGACUAAUGAUGGCUUAAAUGCAUGAAUGUCUUUUUUUUUUUAAUUGUCAUUUUUUUUUUUUUUACUGUCUUUUGCUCUACAUCAGGAAAUAUUUUGGUAGGAAUUAGGGGAAAAAAAGCACUUUUCUCCCAUUUACUUCUAAAAGAGAUUUAAGGAUUUUAUUUAUAUGGAAAAAUUAUAUUAAUCAUUUUGCUGUUCUAGAAUUCUGAUGCGGUGCUGUACAGUCAUUUUUAAAUCUCUUGCUAACAUUUUAUUGGCAAUAUGUAUUUCUACCAUUGUAACCACCAUUGUGCAAUUGUAUCUCUUCACUUCUUUGAAAUAAGUAAUAUUUUUUUAUAAAAUACACUGACGUUUAAUCUCAGUACUUAUUAUGGGCCAAUUUUCAAGUGUGGUCAAGAAGGAAGUAUCUUCUCGGCUUAACCCUUUAUUUAAAACUAUAAACUAGAAAAAAAAAAUCCAACUAAAUCCCUUACAUAAAAUAUUUAUAUUACCCCAAGUUUAGUGGCUCACUAACACUGAAUGCUAAACCUGAUUCAGUAAGGAGUUACUCUGUUCACUGAAAGCAACCCAUACUGUUGCUUGCAAAAAUGCCACGGAGUCAGAAAAUUUGGAUUGGAGUUGAUUUUACUCCGUUAUUAUACAACUAAACAAAUUUUGUUCUUAAUUAUGUAUAGUAUUUUAACUUAAAUUUUACACACAACUUGCAAUAAUGUAAUUACUUGUGUCAGGAAUCUGAAAGUACAUGAAGCACAUAUGAAGACUCAUAAAAAGAAAAUUCCUGUGAAGUCGUCUAGAUUUACAUUAUGAGCUCUGGAGAGUUACUGGCAGUAUUAGUCUGGAAGAAAAUGGGAAGACUUGGGAGUGGUCUGUGGUUUAACUGUACAAAGAACAAUUCAGAAAACAAGAUGGGAAAGCAACCCCUUAUUACCCUGAUUCAUUAUAUUUGCAAAAUAAUGUAGCUAAACAAGAAAGCUUUAAUAAUAUUUUAUGUUAAUAACUCCAAAAACAUAUAAUCAGUAUUUAUCACACAUUUCAUGGAGUUUGGAUGUACUUUCCAUAUAUUAAGAAUACUUACCUAAGGCAGUUUUACAGAAACUAGUGUGGGUUGGUUUUAAAAUUUUAAAAAGUAUAUUCUCUAACAAAUAACGUAUAACUUAAAUUGUGGUAAAUGUUUAGUUUCACACAUACAUAAUAACUUCCUUUGUAAAGUAAGGAUAUAAUAAUUCAGAUAAGGCAUUGUGUAAAAAAACGUUAACACUUAAGAGUAAUUCAUUUCCAAUGUCACAAGUACAACAUACUUCUCAAAUAUCUCACUGUCAAAGUCAUAGGACUAAGUAACUCACUCUCAAGACUGUCAAAGUUAAACAAAGAUUUCAUUUCCUUUUUGCCUACAAAAAGUUAGCAUGACUUAGUGACCACUCGGGUCCUUUUGCAAGGUUGUCUUCUCUUCUAAAAAUGUUUAUCUAAGUCCUCCUCUGCUUUUGAGAGUUAGAAAAUUUAGGGGAUUCACUUGCCAUUGUAUACACAUCAUGAAAAUAAAUCAGCCAAUACUUUGUAUAUCAAGAGUUUGUAUGAAGAAACAAAGUCAACUUCAAAAAAUGAAUGAAUUUUUAAGCAGAUGGCCUCUGACGGGUAUCUGGGUCUUCAUUACUUGUUUGGUUAUUUUUUUUAAUGAUGUAAUAUAGUAUCACUCACAUUUAAAACCUGGAUGAUCACAGCUUUUUUGUGAGAUGUGCAGCUUGUAAAGCUCUCUAUUGUUUUCUAUGUAAGGUUUCAUCGCCAUAUCCAAUUUAUAGUGUAUGUGCUGCUAGGACAAGCACAGAUUUUAUUAUUGUCAGAGUUUAAAAUGUGAUUUGCAUUAAACAUUUACAGUUCAAAAACA